GUCACCCCUUUCAUAUAAAUAGCUGCUUGCGGUAAAAUACUUAUAUCAGUUUUACCGUUUAAUUCAGGCAGAAGCCAACGUAGUGGAAUUUGUUUAUUUGGCAUAUUUGACACUGUUGUGCUGUUUCGUGCGUAUUUAAGUAGUCCCUGUUAGUGACCACCUCGGAAGGAUACACCUACAAUAUAAAUAAAGCUCGCGCCUUUUGUUCUUGUGGCGCAGUUGCACUUUGACAGCGGUGUAGUGCAGAGCAGAGGGAUUAAGUUGAAUUUCGCGCAGGACCGACAGACCAGCAAACAUGCAGAUAUUUGUGAAAACUCUCACUGGGAAGACCAUCACACUAGAAGUUGAGCCAAGUGAUACUAUUGAGAAUGUGAAGGCUAAAAUUCAGGAUAAAGAAGGCAUUCCUCCAGACCAACAAAGGUUGAUUUUUGCUGGCAAACAGCUGGAAGAUGGUCGAACCCUGUCAGACUAUAACAUUCAAAAGGAAUCCACUCUGCACUUGGUUCUCCGUUUGAGAGGUGGCAUGCAGAUAUUUGUGAAGACCUUGACAGGGAAGACAAUUACUCUUGAGGUUGAGCCUAGCGAUACUAUUGAGAAUGUCAAGGCCAAAAUCCAAGACAAGGAAGGCAUUCCCCCUGAUCAACAAAGAUUGAUCUUUGCUGGCAAACAAUUGGAAGAUGGCAGAACCCUGUCUGAUUACAAUAUUCAGAAGGAAUCCACUCUGCACUUGGUUCUCCGUUUGAGAGGUGGGAUGCAGAUAUUUGUGAAAACACUGACAGGGAAGACAAUUACUCUUGAGGUAGAGCCAAGUGAUACUAUUGAGAAUGUCAAAGCCAAAAUCCAAGACAAGGAAGGCAUUCCCCCUGACCAACAAAGAUUGAUCUUUGCUGGUAAGCAGCUGGAAGAUGGGAGAACACUAUCUGACUACAAUAUACAGAAGGAAUCUACUCUGCACUUGGUCCUUCGUCUCAGAGGUGGGAUGCAGAUAUUUGUGAAAACACUGACAGGGAAGACAAUUACUCUUGAGGUAGAGCCAAGUGAUACUAUUGAGAAUGUCAAGGCCAAAAUCCAAGACAAGGAAGGCAUUCCCCCUGACCAACAAAGAUUGAUCUUUGCUGGUAAGCAGCUGGAAGAUGGGAGAACACUAUCUGACUACAAUAUACAGAAAGAAUCAACCCUGCAUUUGGUUCUCCGUCUGAGAGGUGGGAUGCAAAUAUUUGUCAAGACCUUAACUGGUAAAACCAUUACCCUUGAAGUUGAGCCAAGUGACACAAUUGAAAAUGUUAAGGCAAAAAUUCAGGAUAAAGAAGGUAUUCCCCCUGACCAGCAGAGAUUGAUUUUUGCUGGCAAGCAACUGGAAGAUGGCCGAACCCUGUCAGACUAUAACAUCCAGAAAGAAUCCACCUUGCACUUAGUUCUCCGUCUGAGAGGUGGAAUGCAAAUAUUUGUCAAGACAUUAACUGGGAAGACAAUUACCCUUGAGGUUGAACCAAGUGACACAAUUGAAAAUGUAAAAGCCAAAAUCCAAGACAAAGAAGGCAUUCCCCCUGACCAGCAGAGAUUAAUUUUUGCUGGUAAGCAACUGGAAGAUGGCAGAACACUGUCUGACUACAAUAUUCAGAAGGAAUCCACUCUGCACUUGGUCCUUCGUCUCAGAGGUGGGAUGCAGAUAUUUGUGAAGACCUUAACUGGGAAGACCAUUACCCUUGAAGUUGAGCCCAGUGACACAAUUGAGAAUGUAAAGGCAAAAAUCCAGGAUAAGGAAGGAAUCCCUCCUGACCAACAGAGAUUGAUCUUUGCUGGCAAGCAGCUGGAAGAUGGUCGCACUCUCUCUGACUACAACAUACAGAAAGAAUCCACCCUCCACCUGGUCCUGCGUUUGAGGGGUGGGAUUUAGGACAAUCUGUUAUGCAUCUGCUCUGCAUUACUUGCUUGUUGCACUUUUGUUUCAAUAAAGAUAUUGCAUUCCAAAA